CCGCUGGUAAACGUUGGUGCUACGCAUGCGCAGACAAUCGAUAGUAAACAAAAAUGGCUGCCCGUAAAUUCACAACCGAAGAUAUUGAAGCACACAUUCAAGACAUCCAGAACCGGAAGGCUAGCUUAAAGCCCCCCCCACCUCUUGAAGGUUCAGCCAAGGAUGAUGAGCGAGUUAGGCUAGAUGGUGGUGGCUAUUAUGACAGCGAUAUUUAUGACAUCUCUAAUGGAAACAAAUACGCAAAUUAUGUCCAGUCAAUUGGUGUGGACGACAUUGAUGAUGAUGAAGACGAUGGAGGAACAACCCUUGGCAAGAAAGGAGGGGGUAGCACUUACACUGCCCCACGACUCUUCCUUAAUGAAAUGGUUGAUAAAGAUCACAACCCUAUGGCACAAUACAAGCGACCCACAAUAGCAGACAGAGAGGAUGAUUAUCGUGCACAUCGUCGAUUGCAAGUCAUUUCCCCUGAAAGGAAUGAUCCUUUUGCUGAUGGAGGCAAAACCCCUGACAUGAAUGCGCGAACCUAUGCACACAUCAUGCAGGAAACACGUCUGAAAGGAGAAGAGGCCCUUAUCCGGAAAACAAUUCAGGAAAGAACGAAGGAAGGAACUCUUCAAGCUGUGGCAACCAAUGGUGACGCACCAAAAGCUGCUCCAAGAAAACGAGGCCGUUGGGAUCAGACAGCUGAUGAAACGCCACAACCAAAGAAAAAGACAACAUGGGAAGCUGAAACUCCUUCUGUUGCUCGUUGGGAUGAGACUCCAGGGCGAGCUAAAGGAAGUGAGACACCUGGUGCAACGCCAGGGCAGAGCACUCGUAUGUGGGAUGCCACACCAGGCCAUGCAACACCUGGUCAUGAAACACCUGUUCAUGACAAGGCUACUCCUUCAGCUCGACGAAAUCGUUGGGAUGAGACUCCAAAAACAGACCGUGGAGAAACUCCUGGACAUAAUAGUGGCUGGGCUGAAACCCCUCGAACUGACCGUGGAGCUAGUGACCUCAUACAAGAAACCCCAACUCCAAGUGCCAGCAAGCGGCGCUCUAGAUGGGAUGAAACACCAGCAGCACAAACUCCAGGUGCCACUCCAUCAGGAGCUAUGACCCCUUCAACACCUCAUACACCCAGUAUGACUCCAGGAAUGAUGACUCCUGGGGGUAUAACUCCUGGAGGUACAACACCUGUUGGGCCAAAGGCUAUUGGCAUGGCUACUCCAUCACCAGGACAACUGGUAAAUAUGACACCAGAACAAAUUCAUGCUUUCAGGUGGGAAAGGGAAAUUGAUGAGAGGAAUAGGCCCAUGACAGAUGAGGAACUUGAUGCUCUAUUUCCCCCUGGGUAUGAGGUGCUACCACCACCUCAGGGUUAUGUUCCUAUCAGAACACCCGCACGUAAAUUAACGGCUACUCCAACACCAAUGAUUGGAACCCCACAAGGGUUCUACAUGCAGAAGGAAGGCAUGACACCAAAGCAUGAUGACUCACAGCCCAAAGGUAAUUUGCCCUUACUGAAACCUGAAGAUGCCCAAUACUUCGACAAACUUUUGCAAGAUGUUGAUGAGGAGAGCCUAAGCCCAGAAGAGCAAAAGGAAAGGAAAAUAAUGAAGUUGCUUCUUAAAAUAAAGAAUGGAACUCCUCCAAUGCGCAAGGCAGCACUACGCCAGAUUACAGAUAAAGCAAGAGAGUUUGGUGCAGGGCCUCUCUUUAACCAGAUUCUUCCUUUGCUAAUGUCCCCAACACUGGAGGAUCAAGAACGACAUCUUUUGGUAAAGGUUAUUGACAGAGUUCUCUACAAACUUGACGACCUGGUACGCCCUUAUGUUCAUAAGAUUCUCGUGGUCAUUGAACCUCUACUUAUUGAUGAAGAUUACUAUGCUCGUGUAGAAGGUAGAGAGAUCAUUAGUAAUUUAGCCAAAGCUGCUGGGUUAGCAACCAUGAUUUCCACAAUGAGACCUGAUAUUGAUAACAUUGAUGAAUAUGUGCGUAACACUACUGCCCGAGCCUUUGCUGUUGUGGCCUCUGCCCUUGGGAUUCCAUCUUUGUUACCGUUUUUAAAGGCUGUAUGUAAGAGCAAGAAGUCAUGGCAGGCACGGCAUACUGGUAUUAAGAUUGUCCAGCAGAUUGCCAUCUUGAUGGGUUGUGCAAUUUUGCCACAUCUCCGUUCCCUUGUUGAAAUUAUUGAACAUGGACUGGUUGACGAGCAACAGAAGGUGAGAACUAUCACUGCUCUUGCCUUGGCUGCUCUGGCAGAAGCAGCAACGCCUUACGGUAUUGAGAGCUUUGAUUCAGUCUUGAAGCCUUUGUGGCGUGGUAUCCGGCAACACCGAGGAAAGGGUCUUGCUGCCUUUUUGAAGGCUAUUGGUUAUCUGAUCCCACUUAUGGAUGGAGAGUAUGCUGACUACUAUACAAGGGAAGUGAUGUUGAUCCUCAUUCGUGAAUUCCAAAGUCCUGAUGAAGAAAUGAAGAAGAUUGUGUUGAAGGUGGUCAAACAGUGUUGUGCUACAGACGGUGUUGAACCGGGAUAUAUUAAGGAGGAAAUCCUGCCCCACUUUUUCAAGCACUUUUGGAAUCACAGAAUGGCUCUCGAUCGUCGAAAUUACCGCCAGCUCGUUGAUACAACUGUUGAGAUUGCAAAUAAAGUUGGAGCAUCUGAAAUUGUUAACCGUAUUGUGGACGAUUUAAAGGAUGAAAAUGAGCAGUACCGUAAAAUGGUAAUGGAAACAAUUGAAAAGAUCAUGGCCAACCUAGGAGCAGCAGAUAUUGAUUCACGACUCGAAGAACAGUUGAUUGAUGGCAUUCUUUAUGCAUUCCAGGAGCAGACUACAGAGGACGUCGUUAUGCUCAAUGGAUUUGGUACCAUUGUCAAUGCUCUUGGAUCACGCGUCAAGGCUUACCUUCCUCAGAUUUGCGGUACUAUAUUGUGGCGGCUGAAUAAUAAGUCGGCCAAAGUGCGUCAACAAGCUGCAGAUCUUAUAUCUCGUAUUGCAGUAGUAAUGAAGACAUGUCAGGAAGAGAAGCUGAUGGGACAUUUGGGCGUUGUGCUUUAUGAAUAUCUUGGUGAGGAGUAUCCCGAAGUUCUUGGGUCCAUUCUUGGUGCUUUGAAAGGUAUUGUGAAUGUUAUUGGAAUGCACAAAAUGAACCCUCCAAUCAAAGACCUUCUCCCACGUCUCACUCCCAUUCUGAAGAACAGACAUGAAAAAGUACAAGAAAAUUGCAUUGACUUGGUAGGACGCAUUGCCGACAGAGGACCAGAGUAUGUUAGUCCUCGUGAAUGGAUGAGAAUUUGCUUUGAAUUGCUUGAACUUCUUAAAGCACACAAAAAAGCCAUCAGAAGAGCAACAGUAAACACAUUUGGUUAUAUUGCCAAAGCUAUUGGUCCACACGAUGUGCUUGCUACAUUACUAAAUAACCUUAAGGUUCAAGAGCGACAAAAUCGAGUGUGCACAACUGUGGCUAUUGCUAUAGUCGCCGAAACAUGUUCCCCAUUUACAGUUCUCCCAGGUCUUAUGAAUGAAUACAGAGUUCCUGAACUUAAUGUCCAAAAUGGAGUUCUGAAGUCCCUUUCUUUCCUUUUUGAAUACAUUGGUGAAAUGGGGAAAGAUUAUAUCUAUGCAGUGACAUCACUUCUGGAAGAUGCUCUCAUGGACAGAGAUCUAGUGCAUAGACAGACUGCAUGUGCAGCCAUCAAACAUAUGGCCAUUGGAGUUUAUGGCUUUGGGUGCGAAGAUGCACUGAUUCACUUGUUGAAUUAUGUAUGGCCUAAUAUCUUUGAGACAUCACCUCAUCUGGUCCAAGCUUUCAUGGACAGCAUUGAGGGUCUUAGAGUGGCCCUUGGACCACAGAAGAUCCUUCAGUAUGUUUUGCAGGGGCUUUUCCACCCAGCAAGAAAAGUUCGAGAUGUGUAUUGGAAAAUUUACAACAAUUUGUAUAUUGGCGCUCAAGAUGCUCUUGUUGCUGGGUAUCCACGGAUAUUAAAUACAGGCAACAACAUAUACUCCAGGGAUGAGCUUGAUUAUAUCUUGUAGUUUAUUUUUUUGUAAAAUUAUAUUCAGUGAAAAUGUUGGGUUAUUUUCAUACAAAGCUGUUUGUGUCUGUGUUUCGGGAUGGCUGUUUCCUUGUGUACAUGUAUACAUGCACAUUUAUGCACAGUUUUACACACACACACACAUACACAUACACAUACACAUACACACAGGCGCAAGCGCACGUGUGUACACCUAGUUUAAUUUCAUGUUUGUUAAUAUCAAUGGGUGAUUUUUGGAUCAUAAAAUGACCAUAGUAAAAUUUACAUCAUGGCAGUAUUUUGUUCUCUCCACACUUUCACUUUUACUCAUGGAGUAAGUGCUAAGUAUAGGCUAAUUGUAGCCCUUGGUUAGUCACUGGAUAACUGUUGAAGAUGUCCAUUUUCACUUGAAGAUUGUAGGAUUACUUUCAGUUUCACUCACUGAUGCUGAAUUUAAGCAAUGUGAUGUCCAUUAACGUAUACAGAUUAUUUUGAAAGUAAAAUUUAUGAAUGGAGUGAUACCUGCAUUUUACGUGAAACCUUUUUAUAAGUACAGUACAAGUGAAAUUAGUUCUACAAACUUCGUCAAUUAUACUGGUGCAUGAAGAUGCAUCAUUGUCCAUAACCUGUGUAUAGCAGAAUCUGAUUUGUAUGGCAACAGAGUUAUAACCAAGUAGUUAGCAUAUCUUUCUGAAUGUAUACAAUAAGAAUGAUGGUAAUUGAUGGUCCGGAACUAUGUAGAUGCUGUCAAAAAGUACCUGACAUAAUGACCCUUUAGUCAUCAAGAAUUUAAGAGUUUGUAUGCCAUAUAUCAGACCGUUUAAGAAGCUAUGAAGAUUGCCUAACUUUCUAAAUAUAAAGAAAUGUAGGAGAGGAAUGUUUGUAAAGUACAACAAUUCUUUUUCGGGAACUGAUUUGUCUCCCAAGUUGAAAGUGAUGAAUGGUUGUUUCAUGUGUUAGAAAUUUAUGUAUUAUUGCAUUUGACCAAAUAUAUGGAUGAUUAUAAUAAUGUAAACAAGGCGUUUCGUAUUGGCAAAUGACAGCUCAUUAUAAGUUAGCAGAAGUUACCGUUCUCUAGAUCAUGUCAUAAUUUGAUAAUGUAGCAGUCAUAGAUUAAGUUAAUCCUGUCUAACAAUCCAUCCUGCUUGUACUUUUAGGACCUGUCAUCUUUUGAGAUUUGAUUUUUUAAGUUUAUUUCAAAAAUACUGUUUUGAACACUACUCCCAAUAGAGUGUUGGAAUAAAAUUAUUAUAUUCA